AUGGCCGACGAGGAGAAACUGCCGAUCCCCCCUACAUUUCUCGAGAAAUUACUCUUCUACACGACAGCGACUUUCGUGCUCCUCGCAACCUUCAGCCUCUUCGCUUUCUUAUUCUUAGUGCCCUUCGUUAUAGAACCAGCAUUUACAACUAUAUUUAUGCAAUUCGAUCCAGUAGCAGCGCUAUGCGUCACCGCCCAAGUGAAACACUUAAUCGGCGCGAGUAACUGCUCGUGGGCUUCUUGCAGAGAGGGCUGCACAAAAGAUUUGUAUGAAUGCGUCCAGAUCAGAGUCAACUAUAAGUUAGGCUAUCCUCCCAACAUAACGGCUACCGAAUACGAAACGCUCAUUCGUGCGGAGCGAUCUGUGAGGGAAGAAUACGAUUACGACAUCAAUUACGAAUCACCGUUGGAACCUCCAGAUAUGGAUAACCAGGAGAUCCCGGACGCGAUACCGACCGGUUUACAAGGAAACGACUCGGAGUGGUAUUUCACCGGUGCCAGAUUAUUCCCUAACGUGAAAGGGUGCGGCUACCCGCCCGUACUUAAUUGCACCAUAUUCUAUGGCAAAUACAGACCGCUCGGCACCAAUUACUCUUGCUAUUAUAGUCGAGUCGACCCCGGCUUAGUUAUAACGGAGCUAGAUAUGUGGCAGAAUACCCUUAAUUUGGUUUACGCGAUGGCAAUACCGAUACCGUCAUUUAUAAUUUCCGUUAUAUACUUGACGUUUGCGUAUUUUAAGAUAUAUAAUACGGAAGAGGAAUCCGAACAGGCGCCACUGCAGAGCGAUGCGGAGGCGAUGGCCACUGGGGAUGAUGGAAAGCCUACCACACCCGGCUCAGACACUUUCAGAGAAGAUCUGGCUUGUUUUGGACAUCAGCUGAAGUUACAACUGUCUAACGAGAAGCCUAAGGAAGGCUUCGAAUCAAAUAGCCCUCCUAUUUCCAAUUCUGCUUCCCUAUCCGGGACCAAGUCGUCUUUCGUGAACGCCUAAUGAAAAACUCACACUGAGAUGACACGGCUCCUGAAGAGGAUUUGGUUACAGAGUGCAUCACGAAAUGACGUGAAUGACACGUGCUAUGAACAUUUUUAAUGUCUCACUCGUAUCGUGGUCACUGGGCUUGUCGCUUUAAGCAUGGUCGUGAUGAUGACCACGAUAGGUCGAAGAUUUUUAUAAAGCGUUGUGAAGUUAAAUAAUACGAUGUUUUUCGUGACAACACACACACAUUUUAUUGAUGUUAAGCCUAUUAAUGCUUUUAAUAUUUCCAAGCUUACCUAGUAUAUAAUGAUUUUUCAUCUUAUAUACUUUAAUUGCUUUCCUUCCUGUUAUUUAUAUGACUGUAUACAAAAUAGCCUAUUUAAAACUUUAUGUAUAAGCGUAUAAAUAUAUAUCGAAAAAACCUUCAAAAUUCUAAAUGAA